AGGGCUUUCCUAUUAUAUGAUCACACGUUCAUAUUAACCGCCUCCUUAUCAGAACCACCCUUGCUCCGGAGCCUCUCUAUCCCUUCACCUCCCUCACUCUGCCACUCUCUCUUUAUCGCGGUUUCCCUCACUCUUUCCGGCUCAUUUGCGACGUUUCCGUCACAGAGCCACCCUUCGUAUCUUGCCGUCUUCCUCACUCCGCCACCUUUAUUUCUCGCCAUCUCCCCCACUCCGCCGAUCUCUCUAUAUCGUCGUCUCUCCACUCUUUUCGUGCCACCCUCUCUAUCGUGCGGGUUAUGUUUUGGGUAUUGUGGAGAAGAAGGGUCUCCUGUGUACGACCUUAAUUAUUUGGGAAGAGAGCGUGGGGUGGGCUGUGGAGAGAAAAAUAUGCGUACUGAAAGGAAAGCGAACAGUGGGUUUCUUCUCUUUUUCAAUAUUGGAGAAGAAGUUGUCGAUAUUCCAUAGCCCAGAAACAUUAAGGCCAAACAAAACACUAGAAGGUUCUACGAGAAGAACUUGUUAGAGAGGGUAAUAGUACCAUUAACACAAAUUAAAGGAAAAUGGCAUUGUUGUCUAGCGUUCGACGCAUUCUGGGAUCAUCUCAACUUGGUGCCAUUCGUUACAGCUCGACUCUCACAUCGCCAAAACUUUUCAUCAGUGGACUUUCAAGAUUAACCACAGAUGAAAAGCUUAAAGAAGCCUUUUCUCCGUUUGGUCAGAUUGUUGAUGCCAAAGUUAUAACUGAUAGGGUCUCAGGGAGAUCAAAGGGAUUUGGUUUCAUAACGUAUACCAGUAUUGAAGAAGCUGAGAAUGCAAAGCAAGGAAUGAACGCCAAGUUCUUGGAUGGAUGGGUUAUUUUCGUGGAUCCAGCCAAACCCAAAGAGCCAAGACCUCCUCAACCUCAAACAUCUGAAACUGGUUUCACAUCCAAUAAGACUGUUGGAUGGUGUGGAUGAUCAAUCAUCGCAUCUUCAUUUUAUAUUUAUUUUAUUCACAAUUGUUAAUUCUAUUAUUAUUUUUCUUGAAUUCAAGAGUUUUUGUACUUUUUGAGGAAAAAUAAUUGAAGAUAAUUACCCAUUGCAGAAAACUACUUUAAGCUGAAUUAUAAAUUACCAUUUUUAUUUCCAAUCGAA